UUCACGUAGCGGAAAUGGAAACGAGCUAGAAUAAAAUUGGUUUGGGCACAAUUUUGAUAAAGUGAAAGCGGUUAGAAAAUUAUUUAGUCGUGGUUCCACGGCAAGUUCUACUAGUAAAAGUCAGACUAAUAUGAAUUCAGAGAACGAAUCCAGUCCAGGCGGAGACGAACCGGAAGUUGGAGGUGACGCUGAUCAACACCUCCGCUUCUUGGAAUCAGUCGUAUCUCAAUAUGAAUCCCUCGUAGAAGACAUUCAUGCCAAACUAGUUCAAAGUUGCCAAACUGUACAAUCCUACGUCCGGGCCGAGGACGAAAUCCUUCCUCAGUUCCAUAACGAAUAUGGUGAAAGCUCUGUCGUGCAAAAACUACAGUUACAGCUUUCUCGGAAGGAUUCCAUUAUAAACAACUUGCGAAUGCAGCUCGAUGUGGUUCACAGAUCAAAGAAUGUGUGCAAACACCUCUGGCAAAUCUCUCUAGGUCACGUGGAGGAUCUGGAGAUGUCGAAAAUUAUACAACCACCGCCACCUGAAAGAAUAAACACGUCGAAUGAUAACAAUAAUGACUGGCCUUCCUCAGAAUUUUUAAUCAAGUGGAAAACUUUGUCUUCGUACGCAACCAGUUUAGAAGAACAAGUGGAACAUUUAUCAAGAAAUCUGCACUUUUAUCAGAGAAAGCUACUCCAAAUAUGUGCUCGGUAUGAGCACUUGGAAAGAGACCAGCCCACGGAAGAUGAUGGCACGACGAUGACGACUAAAGAGCUGAAGAGAAAGUUUGAGCAGUCCGAGGCAGAGGUUGAAAAUUUGCGAAAUAACUUUGGGCCUAGGAUGGAAAAGCGUUUAGCGAAGGAGCGGGCGUCCUGGGAGAUGGAGGAGGCUCAGGCGCUACGCUUGGUCCGCGUCCAAGUUGAGGAACUACUCCUCGAAAACCAAGCUUAUCAAGAACGAGAGUCUCAACUGGUCGUUCUUAUCCAACGUUUGGACCAGGAGUUUCUACGGCAGAGGUCUCAAAUCGAAAUGUUGACCAAGACUUCGACUCAAUUACAGCAAUCAUUACAGAUAUCGAAAUCACCUCGGUCAAUAAGUGGACCCCCAGAAUCAACAAAUAUAAAGAAAGUUGCAGUCGCUGCGACACAAACGUCACUUUCUUCGCCAAUUCUUCACCAUCAUGACGAACAGGGGUCGGUUAUCGAAUCCACUCGUGCACAAGUGAUGCAACUGCAACGUCAGAAUUUAGAAAUGCAAAAGACUGAGAGGGAAUCGUUGGAGAGAGUGGACAUGCUUCAAAAGAGGAUAAGACAACUCGAGUCUUUGAACUUUGCGUUACAAAAGCAGCAUCAAGAACUUUACACAAAAUAUGAUAAAGAAACCAAAGAAAAGAGUGGACGUGGUGACAAUAAGGCAACACUACUCAAAUCUUUCCAUAGUCCAGGAAGAAUGGUUGACCGGAACCCAGAAGAAGUGAAAGUGAAAGCCUUCUCUGAAGUGAAAGCUGUCUCUCCUCCUCCAACAAUGACGACGACAACAAAUUGGGACAUUGGAAAAGUUCAAGAUUUUAGCGAGGAAGGCAGAAUAGUGAAUGACAAGAGGAAGGAUUUGCAGAUCUUGAGGCUGACCCAGGACGUAGAACGCUUACGUGACAUACAGCACAAAUUGUUGGAGGUUAUUCAAGAACAAUCUGUCAUCAGUUCAAAGUGGAAACUAGAGUUUAAGCAAUUGGCCAAAGCAACCUUGUCGUCAACAUCGUAA